AGAUUUUUUGAAAACUAAUGAUUGCAAAACAACUGAAGAACUAGUGUAAAAUGCAUUUUAAAACAAUUUUUUCAUUAAAAUGUGAAGACUAUGGCUAUGACCGUACUUUUUGGAGCUGAACUGUACGAGCUGGGGCUGAACCGUACGUCAAAAAAAAUCGCCACGUGCUUGGAGAUUUCAACCAAUCAGAAGGUAGUCCGAAAAUAUGCACGUAUGAUAGGAGCAAUAUUCCCAAAAUAGGGGCAAAAAGUGUUUUAAUUGUUCGUGCUUUUACAGCGAUAUAAGGUAUUUUUUAUCAAAAUGUUGAUAAUGUACGAGCUAAAGCAUUAAAAAAACAACUUAUUCAUGUAUAACUUGAGAAUGCAUCAAAUUAAAAAUGCGAUCUGCUUAGUAGGCCCAAAAUAUCUUAUUGAAAACGGUAAAUUUGUUAGAAUCACAGUGAUUAUCGAAGUUUUUAAAAUAACGAUUUCGUCGAAACUAUUUUCAAAAACACAAUUUAAAAAAUACAUUUAAAAAAUCGUGGUUUUGUGGCAAUACAUGUUUACAAAAUAUCUAUAAUUUUUGAACAAUAAAUUCAAAUUCCAGCCAUGUCACCCCGUUUUUUUGAAAUUAAUAUUUUUUUAAUGCAAAAAUUAAACGAAUAACAUUUUGUUAAAAUCAUACAAUAUAAAUCAAUUAGGGCAUUAAACAAUUUUACAAAUAUUCGUCCAUGUGAUUACUUGGGAUAACGAUGUUCUAAUUUUAAGUGGUCAGACCUACGACGUUAAUUUAAGCGCUAUGAUGUUUCGUUGCCUCAACAAUCAAGUAUAAUUGCCUCAACAAUCAAGCCUUCGGACUCGCGGAUUUGGAACACCCUAAUCUACAGCCCCCAAUGCUGAGAAAUUUUGCUUCCUCCGAACCCUCUGCCAUGGGACAUCUGGUACCAAAAAUGCCACGAACAUUAAUUUCCGUGGUAAUGGCGCCACAAUUCGCUCAACAUCCAAACUGUACUGACAAAAGAAGAACAAAACUCACACUUACCGAGACAUUCCACCUGUUAUCAGUGAUUCAGAAAACCCACAUCAAUCAAAUUACUAUAAACAAAUCGCGAAGCACGUACCGGCACUUCGGGAUGCAUCACCCGUGCAGCACGUUUCGAGAACUCAGUGCAUCGACAGCCACAGCAUCGCGAUAACCUUCCGUGUCAAUUCCGGCGUCGUCGGUUAGAGUGAUUCAUCCCGUGCGCGCGAGAAUGAAGCUGUUCUGGUCGAUUGUUUUGUUUUGGGUUGGAAUCUUCGUGAGUGGAGAGAGACUGAACGAAAAUGCUACCAACUACUGGAGUGAAUUGUGUCCGAAGGAGUGUCGCAGUUGCCGGAUUGAUCAAACCAGACGAAAUCUUACUAUAGAUUGCUCAAAUAGUUUACUUGAGGAAGUUCCGUUGAUUUCCAGAGAGAUAUCGCUCAACUCAUCAUCCGUUACGCUGGAUGUCCGUAACAACUCAAUACGGGUCAUUCCAGCAGUUGAAGAUAAUCUAGGAUUUGGACUGAUCAAUAAACUCUUACUCGAUGGUAAUGAGAUUGAUGCUUUGAAUGUUGCUAGUUUACAUGUAAAUUUGUCCUUCGUAUCCAUGACCUACAACAAGCUACACCAACUUGAAGAUACUUUCGUGGACCAUGCCCUCAAAACCAAAACUCUUCGUGAGAUUGUCCUGAUAAACAACUCUUGGCCUUGUGAAUGCCAUCUAGCAAAGCAGAUGGUUCGUCUGGGCACAAAGUUCAAGCAGUUCCGCGUCCCAACCUGCACCUCCGGUCAACGCCUCAUCGACCUCAACCGAUCGUGCAUAACCAAGGUCAUGUUCCUGAUGGUACUAGGAUCCGUCCUGUUCACCCUAACCAUCACCUUCUCCGCCCUGUACAUCCGGCACCGUCACUCCAUCAAAGUCCGGCUUUUCUCACUGCAAAUCUGCCUCGGAUUCGUUAGCCACGAGGAACCCGAUGCCGCCCUGCUUCCCUUCGACGCCUUCAUCUCCUACUCCCACCGGAACGACCAGUUUAUCGUCAACGAGCUCAUCCCAACGCUCGAGAAAGCCCCCCAUUCCUACAAGCUGUGCAGCAUCCUCACGCAAAACUUCAUCCCCGGCGAUCCAAUCCCAACCGAGCAGUUCGAGCAGGCCAUCCGAAGCUCGCGCCGCACCAUCAUCUACAUCACCAAGCAGUACCUCCAGUCCCAGUGGACGCUUACGAGCUUCCGGACAACGUUCGAGUCCGCCCUCACCCGGUCUCGCCUGAUCGUGAUCCUCGCCGAGGACGUGGAAAAGUUUGACGAACUGCGAACGUCACUGCGCAGCAAGACUCUGCUCGAGCGGGACGACCCGUUUCUGUGGCAAAAAUUGCUCUAUGCGAUGCCCCAUCGCAGUGCCGCGCUGAUGAGGAAGCACCGGCGGGAACAGAGCGAGAGAACGCGCAAACAGACGGAACUGCUGCGGGAGAAGAACCGGGCGAGGGAGGCGAAACGGUUGGCGGAUGUUGUGCUGUGAAAUUUUAGAGUUAAUAAGUCUUUGAAUAAGAUUUAAAUGUAUCCUAAA